GUUGGAUUUGAAACCGCACACACACAGCCGACAUGAUAAUUGACAUAUGAUUGUGAAAGAGAUGCUUCCAUGGUGAUUGGAGUUUCGUGACAAUCAGGAAAGCAAAAUGGAAAUGGAAAUGGAUGGUAGUCGUCAGCUUGGACUCAACAGCCGCCAAUGAAAUUUCUACCCACUUUCAUCAUCAUAUUUCUUCAUUUCUCAUUCUAUUUAUACAAACUCCAAAACGCCGCGCCAAAUUCUGUAUUUCGCCUCUUUCAAUCCUGCAACAAAAGUGUCACGCAAAGAAUUUCUAGCUCACUUUGAAGAAUGGAGUUUUCGGAGAAGCCAUCGCGAAGAUCGUUGAUCCCGAGCUUCCUCUACGCUUCGCCGCUGACGUCGAAGAAAGCGGCGAAUUUCGAGCAGAGGAACCCGUUAAUGAUUCCGGCGCCGGCGGAGGGCGGAAUAGAGAUGUUCUCGCCGGCGUAUUAUGCAGCUUGCACGGCCGGCGGAAUGUUGUGCUGCGGCCUCACUCACACCGCCGUCACUCCUAUAGAUGUUGUCAAGUGCAACAUGCAGAUUGAUCCUGCAAAGUACAAGAACAUUAGCUCUGCUUUUGGAAUAGUGAUGAAGGAACAAGGAGUAAAAGGCUUCUAUAGAGGUUGGGUUCCAACCCUGCUUGGCUACAGUGCUCAAGGAGCUUUUAAAUAUGGGCUCUACGAGUUCUUCAAGAAGUACUACUCCGACGUGGCUGGAGCCGAGCACGCGGCCAAGUACAAGACCCUCAUCUACCUGGCCGGAUCCGCCUCAGCUGAGUUCAUCGCGGACAUUGCCCUCUGCCCUCUCGAGGCUGUCAAGGUCCGAGUCCAAACCCAGCCUGGCUUUGCCAGAGGUCUGGCUGAUGGCCUUCCUAAGAUUGUGAGGGCAGAAGGAAUUUCAGGGCUCUACAGAGGGAUUGUUCCACUAUGGGGGAGGCAGAUUCCAUACACAAUGAUGAAGUUUGCCACUUUUGAGAACACUGUGGAGGCCAUAUACAAGUAUGCCAUCCCGGCUCCGAAAGAGCAGUGCAGCAACGCGUUGCAGCUUGGUGUGAGCUUCUCCGGUGGCUACAUAGCCGGGGUGUUCUGUGCUGCCAUCUCACACCCGGCUGAUAACUUGGUCUCGUUCCUCAACAAUGCCAAGGGUGCAACGGUAGCUGAUGCCGUGGACAAGCUGGGGUUGUGGGGUUUGUUCACCCGGGGCCUCCCUCUUCGUAUCGUGAUGAUUGGGACUCUCACCGGAGCACAAUGGGUGAUCUAUGAUGCUUGCAAGGUCUAUUUCGGGCUGCCUACUACUGGUGGUGGAAGCCAUGAUCCUGCAACAAAAUGAACACAGGGAUGAUGUGAAUGAAGUGAUGAGAAAAAAAGUGUUGAUUUUUGAUGGAUGAGUGUGGUUCCAAUGAGUAAGAUUUGAUUAGUCAUUUUGCUCGACUCAUAGUGACAUAGUGUGGAUGCAUGUAGUGAUAUCAUUUGUUGUUACAUCUCUGUGUUAUUAGUGUGCAUUGGCUUUGGCUGCAUAGUGAUGAAAUCAUUAACAUAUUAUAUAUACCAUAUUCUUAUUUUUGUUUGCA